AUGUCCCGUUUUGCUCAGUCUGAAGCCAGAACAAGUCUUAACGUUCUGAGUUUCGGGGCGAAACCAAACGGAGUUGUAGAUUCGACAAAAGCCUUUUCGGAUGCAUGGGACUCAGCAUGUCGAGUGGAAGAUUCGGCCAUGAUUUACGUGCCAAAAGGAAGGUAUUUGAUUGGUCGGGAGCUUCGGUUUGAAGGAGAAAGCUGCAGAAGCCGUGAGAUAACCUUAAGGAUUGAUGGAACUUUGAUUGGUCCUCAAGAUUAUAAGUUGCUUGGAAAAAAAGAAAAUUGGUUCAGUUUUGUAGGUGUUCACAAUGUUACUCUUCUUGGAGGUUCUUUUGAUGCUAAGGGAUCUACCUUGUGGAGUUGCAAAGCCAAUGGUCAAGACUGCCCUGAAGGUGCAACGACACUGAGAUUCAUGGACUCAUACAACGUGAAGAUCAAAGGAGUAUUGUCAUUGAACAGCCAACUGUUCCACGUAGCAAUCAACCGUUGCAACAAUGUAAAGAUUGAAGAUAUACGUAUCAUAGCACCAGACGAUAGCCCCAACACUGAUGGGAUUCACAUUCAGAAAUCGACUGACAUCGAGGUCAGAAAUGCUUCCAUCAAAACCGGAGACGACUGUAUCUCAAUCGGACCCGGUACAAAGAACUUGAUGAUAGAUGGAAUCGCCUGUGGUCCUGGACAUGGAAUCAGCAUUGGUAGCUUAGCGAAGGAGCUAGAGGAGGAAGGCGUGGAAAACGUGACAGUGAAGAAGGCAGUGUUCGUACGAACGGACAAUGGGCUAAGGAUAAAGUCGUGGCCACGUCAUAGCAAAGGAUUUGUGGAGAGGGUUCGGUUCUUAGGGGCUCGUAUGGUCAAUGUCUCAUAUCCUAUCCUCAUUGACCAGAACUAUUGCCCUGGCGAUUCUUAUUGCCCUUCUGAGGAGUCGGGAAUCAAAAUAAACGAUGUAAUAUACAGUGGAAUCAUGGGAACAUCAGCCACAAAAGUUGCUAUAAAGAUGGAUUGCAGCGAGCGAUUCCCAUGCACUCAGAUUCGAAUGCAGGCAAUUAAUAUAACCUAUCAAGGUGAAGCAGCAAAGACUUCUUGCAUAAAUGUUUCCGGUAAGCAACUUGGUGUGGUUAUACCCAACGGUUGUCUCUGA